AUGCCUGUCGCAGAGGGCGCAGAGCAGCAACCGAGGCUGAUGCCAGGCAUGGAGUUUAAUCCAUCGCCGGCAACAGCAGCACCAAGCACACCGAAAAGACAGUCUUCCAAGGCCGGCUCGAGACACACGUCGCAACAACAACAACAACAGCCGCAGUUCCACCGCAAAUCUAUUGGUGACUGGGAUUUUGCCAAAACGAUCGGUGCCGGAUCCAUGGGAAAGGUGAAACUGGCAAGACAUAGAGUCACUAAUGAGAUCUGCGCUGUGAAAGUGGUGCCCAGGGCAGCAAAAAUAUGGCAGAGACAACAUAUGAAUGAUCCGCCCACUUCUGAUCCAAAUGAGUUGGCGAAACGACGCAAAGAAUACGAAAAGGAACUCGCAAGAGACAGGAGAACAAUCAAGGAAGGCGCGCUUGGUAGAAUCAUCUACCAUCCUUACAUUUGUCGACUCUAUGAAAUGUUUUCAAUGACAAACCAUUACUAUAUGCUUUUUGAGUACGUGUCAGGUGGACAGAUGCUAGACUACAUUGUGUCGCACGGCUCGAUCAAAGAAAGACAGGCCAGGAAGUUCUGCCGGGGUAUUGCAUCGGCCUUGGAUUAUUGCCACUCCAACAACAUUGUCCAUAGAGAUUUGAAGAUCGAGAACAUCAUGAUCAGCAAAAAUGGAGAUAUAAAAAUCAUCGACUUUGGUCUUUCCAACAUGUUUGACAGCCGCAACCUUCUGAAAACAUAUUGCGGCUCGCUUUACUUCGCAGCACCCGAACUCCUUUCUGCGCAUCCGUAUAUCGGCCCAGAAGUCGAUGUGUGGUCCUUUGGAGUGGUCCUUUACGUUCUCGUCUGCGGCAAGGUUCCAUUUGACGACCAAAGUGUCAGUGCACUUCAUGAGAAAAUCAAACGUGGCAACGUUGAGUACCCUGACGGCUUAUCGAAGGAAUGCGUAUCUUUAAUGUCUCGCAUGUUAGUCGUUGAUCCGACCAGAAGAGCAACAUUGAAGGAGGUCAUGAACCACCCGUGGAUGGUCAAGGGGUUCGAAAGUGCACCCUCUAAUUAUCUUCCCCACAGAAUUCCAAUUGAGCUGCCUUUAGAUCCAGAAGUGAUCAGCACCAUCGUUAACUAUGAGCUGGGAACAGAAGAAAAUGUCAUUAGAGAACUGACAGAGAUACUGCAAUCAGAGGCGUACCAACUGGCCACCAAGAAUUGGUACAUCAAGAAUACUCAGGAGGAUCUGUCGAAGUACGACCCUACGCUUCCUGACCCCACUAUCGCAUAUCACCCUUUAAUAUCUAUUUAUCAUCUUGUUGACGAGAUGCUAAGAAGAAAGAAGGUCAAGGAAGACAAAUAUGGAAGAUUAACCCAGCCCGUCACUUCGUCCGAAACUCAUCAGCCACAGGCACUACCGCCUUCGCAGGAACCGAAUGCUACCACCCCAGUCUUGACCUUCCCACAAGCGGCCUACACGUCUCCUCAUCAGCAGUCGAGUGUGGGACCCGCUUCUCAAAUACAGCGAAACCGUGUUGUCAGUCACGAAGUGUCUGCGAACCCUGCAUUUAGUCCUGUUCAACAACAAGGUGAUUCUCAAUCUGGAUUCACCAACAACCUUUUCAGAAAGUUCAGUGGCAGGAAACCUAAGAACGAACAUGCUCCGGAAGAGUUGUCUCCUGUGGAGGACAAUUCAGAGCUUAGAGUUUCCAAGUUUGCUUCCAGACAGAACGAUGUGGUGCGUAGGGUUGGAAGCAUGAAGAUCACGAGCAAGGAGAAACAACAGUCACAGUUCCCUCCAUUGCCGUUAUCGUCUAAGCAGCAGAUACAGCACCACCAAAGAGCUGCUUCCGCAUACACCUCGUCAGAUGUCAAGGCCGCACAAAUGGAAGCUGUUGACCAGGCUAUGAGACAAAAGUUACCAUCUACCAACACAUCUACAGAACCAACGAGGUACCAUCCUACAGCCAGAGCCAAGUCUUUGGGCCAUGCAAGAAAGAAUUCGCUCAAUAUUCCAAAGAGCAACAACUACUCUAUUGCUCCAGACGCACCGCCUGUUCCACAGCUGGGACUGCCUUCUAACAUGGUAGAUGAUGGGUUCUUUGAUCCUGUUGACAUGGACGAAGUCACUUUUGAGGAUGACUAUUCUAAACCAAACAGAAGGCUUUCGGACGACGCCAUCAUUUCUCAAUUUGAGCACGCUCCUCCAGGAUCAAUGCCGUCCAUUGAGUACCCACGUACCCUGUUCCUCAAAGGGUUCUUUUCCGUUCAAACCACGUCCACCAAGCCGUUGCCUAUUAUUAGGUACGAUAUCAUCAGCGUUCUUCCGCAGCUUGGUGUGAAAUACACUGAAGUGAAGGGUGGAUUUGUGUGUGUCCACUAUCCAUCAAUUGUGUCUUUUGGCGACCGAGCUAAAAAGGCCGAAAAGGAAGGAGACGAAAGCAGAGCUGACACAGCUGUCGAGGUUGAAGAGCUCAGCUCUGAAGACACUCCAUCCAAACAAUACAUCAAAAGGUCGUCUUUGUCGUCUUCGAGUUCCGGAGAGAAACACCGUCAAGCCCAUGAUGAGCAGGACAUCGAAAACGUUGCAGAACGCGCCGUGUCCGCAAUUUCUAACGCUUCAGCCUCGUCGAAGAAUGGUCACAGAAGGAAAUUCUCUCUUGGUAAUGCUGUGUUGGGCAGCCAUAAGAAACAAAAAGAAAAACUUUCGGUUUCCACAAACGUCUCAAACAUCCAGGACGUUACAUAUCCUACGACGCCUGCGCCUGCCAAUGUCAACCGUAGGAGCUCGGUGGAUAGCUCUGAGUCGACCACCUUUGAAGAGCCGUAUGGAGGUUCCGACAUGCUCAUUUCGAGUCGGCUGGAACAACAGAACAAGCCAAGAUCGCCUUCUGUUGCCAACGCUCCGACGUUGGAUACAAACCGGCACUCCGAAAAGGUUUCUGCCAGCAAGAGCCCUCUGAAGUUUGAGAUUCAUAUUGUCAAGGUUCCCCUGGUCGGUCUUUAUGGUGUCCAGUUCAAGAAGAUUUCGGGUAACACUUGGUUGUACAAGUCUCUUGCUGGAGAGAUCCUUUCGAGGCUCAAUCUAUAG